AUGACUGAUGAAUGUUGUUAUGUUUGUAAUGAAUGUCCAAAUUCGUAUGCAACAUUGGAUGAUUUGGAACGACAUAUGGAACAAAUGCAUGCUGGAAUAUUUCGUUCCGAUACGGUUACCACAAAUGGUACGGCAACAUUACGAUUAUCAAAAUCGGAAAUAGAUGAAGAUGAUGGACAAUAUUGUUUAAAAAAUGGAACAGAUGAACAAAAAAUGGAUACCAUGGAACAUGAUGGUGAAAGUGGCGGUAAUUCACCAAGUAGCUCAGAUUUAUCAAAUUUUGAUGGUACAAUGGAUAGUAUUAAUUAUAAUUUGGAUGAAAGUACAAAUGCUGAAGGUUGUAAAACAUUUGGAUGCCGAUUUUGUCCAAAAUUAUUCCACGAACGAUCACAGCUAAAUAUACAUUAUAAGCAUACGCAUCGUGAUAAGCCGCAAUACGAGUGUGAUGAAUGCCACGUAAUUUUUGCAAUAAAACGUGAAUUAAGUACACAUAUGCGUAUACAUAGCGGUGAGCAACCUCAUACGUGUACACAAUGUGGUAAACAAUUUGGUACUCGGCAACUUCUUAAGAAGCACUGGAUGUGGCAUACCGGUGAACGAUCACAUGUAUGUCCACAUUGUGGCAAAGCUUUCUUUCAGAAAGGACAUUUAACACAACAUCUAAUGAUUCAUGCCGGUGGACGACCACAUCAAUGUCCAUUAUGUCAAAAGACAUUCAUUUUCAAGUUCGAUCUCAAUCGUCAUAUGAAAAUUCAUGCGGAACGAGGAUUUUCAUGUGAUAAAUGUGGUCGCUCAUUUCUUAAACAAAUGCAACUUGAUGAGCAUAUGUUAAAAUGCAAAGGUGCUACAGGUGUAAGAAGUCAACCAAUAACACGAACAAGUACACCAAUGACUGAUACCGUUAAUGGUAUUGGAAAUAAUGGUAUUGUUAUGAAGUCAGAAUCACGAACAUCAACACAAUCAUCACCAGGACAUAGACGACAGUCUAUUUCAGUUCAACAACAACGACAACAACAACAGCAGCAGCAACAACAACAACAACAGCAACAACAACAACAGCAACAACAACAACAACAACAGCAGCAACAGCAACGACAACGGCAACAGCACAACCACCAUCAUCAUCAACAACAAGAGCAACAACAACAACAACGUCAUCAGCAACAACAACAACGACAAGCAGCAGGAAAUGCUGCAGUAGUUGUACCACCAAUUUUUUCCGCCGAAGAAAUGAGCAAGGUUGCACAAGUAUUAGCUGUACAACAGCAACAACGUGCUCUUGCUGCAGCAGCUGCAGCACAUCAUGGUGCAGCUGCACAUGCAGUUGUAGGAAAUCCAUUAUUGCAAGCAAGUGCAUUGCAAAAUUUUGCACAAAAUUUACUAGCUAAUGGUGUAAACAACCAGCAACCAACUGGACAAACAUUCUUCUGCAUUUUCUGCAUGAAGCAUUUCAAUACGCAAGCAUCAUUUACUCUACAUCUUAGCUUUGUUCAUUUUCGCAAUAAUAUCGUCAAUGUAAGCAUGCAAAAUUGCUUUCAAGAACAUUUCGAUAAAGAGGGUAAAAUGAAUGCUUCUCUAACAUCACUUCCAUCCAUAUUUGGUACAGUUACAAAUGCAAAAGGGAUUUCUGAAGAUGCUAUUACUCAUUCGGAUACGACAACAAAUUCAUCGUGUUCCUCAAGCCCUCAAAAAAUAUCACCAAAUGUUAUGCAAGGCAGAAUGCAAUCACCAGCGCAAUUAUCCGAAGCAGAUCAUUUAUCAGAUGAUUUAGAAUCAUCAGAUAUUUCCAUUCAGAAAGGUUGUGAGCAAUGUGAAACCCAUCGACAACGGGUUGCUGAAUUAGAACAAACAUUGGAAGCAAAACGAAUUGAAUUAAAAAAUACCCGUGAAUUAAUGCGCCGUAUUGGUGUAAUUGCUGGUUCAUUACUUGAAUCGUGCACUGAUUUUGAUAAGCAAUGGGUAACACAUAGCCGUAAAGUUUACUCACAAAUACAAUCAGUAAUAUGUAAUAUGGAGUAA